AUGUUGAUGAUGGAGGACGACGAACUGGAGCCUCACCACGUUGACGUCGAUUCGGAUUUCGAGCCGCAAAGCCGGCCUCGCUCGUGCACCUGGCCCAUGCCUUGCCCGGAGGAUUUCCCCGUUGGCCACGAGGUCGGCGGGCGUCUGCCGCUGGCCGGCAUCAUCAAGGUGGAACCGGAGGACGUCCCCGCGUGCCGAGCCGGGCUCGCGGGCGGGACGCCGGGGGAGCUGAAGCAUCCGGCCGGCGCGCCGGCGGCGCCCGCCGGCGCGGCGCACCCGUGCCUGGCCGGCGCGGCGCUCGACGCGAGCGGCCAGCUGCGCAAAGCCAAGUCGUCGCGGCGGAACGCGUGGGGCAACCAGUCGUACGCGGACCUCAUCACCCGCGCCAUCGAGAGCACCCCCGAGAAGCGACUGACGCUGUCGCAGAUAUACGACUGGAUGGUCCGCUACGUGCCCUAUUUCAAGGAUAAGGGCGACAGCAACAGCUCGGCUGGAUGGAAGAACUCCAUCCGACACAAUCUGUCCCUCCACACACGCUUCAUCCGGGUGCAGAACGAGGGGACAGGAAAGAGCUCCUGGUGGAUGUUGAAUCCGGAGGGAGGGAAGAUGGGGAAGGCACCCCGCCGCAGAGCAGUCUCUAUGGACAACAGCACCAAGUACCUGAAGACUAAGGGCCGCAUCAGGGGCAAGAGGGUGGGCCGUCCAGGGAUAGGCGCUGGCUCCACCGUGGCAGGGCUACAGAGCUCGCCAGAGCGAGGCAGCCCUCCACGGAAGGUCCUCCCUGGUGCUGGAGGUGUAACUGGGACUGAAGGGGAGUUUGAUGCCUGGACUGACCUCCACUCCAGAGCGAGCUCCUCGGCCUCCACAUUGAGUGGGCGACUCUCACCCAUCCUGGCGGAGGGCGAGCUAGAGGAACCAGAGGAGGGAGGGCUGUCCUGUUCUACCUCCCCCCACCUGUACCCUUCUCCCUCAAGUGAACGAUCCCCAGCAAUGGGGGCUGGAGGCCACUGUCCUCCCCUGGAGCAACUUCCCCAGCUGGCUAAUCUGACGGGUGCGAUCAGCCUGGAUGAGAGGCUGAUGGACGAUGGUUACCACCACCAUCACCAGUCGCAGCAGCAACAACAUCAGCAGCAUCCUCCUGUUGGACGGCACAAACAUCAAGCCCCAGUUUACCACUAUAACUCUGGGGUGAAAGGUCAAAGCGCCUAUGGGGGAAAUAUCUAUGGGUCAACGGGUAUGGGGAUGCUGCGGCAUCACUCCCCCAUGCAGACCAUCCAGGAGAACAAGCCAGCUAAUUUCUCUGGCACCAUGCGGGCAUACUCCAGCACCAACGCCCUGCAGAGUCUGUUAACCGGGGAUCUUACUGGACAGCAAUUCUGUGCCAAGGACAUGAUGCUGGGACAGGAGAGUGACAGCCACCCCAUGAUUGGCCCGACUAGCAAUGGAGCAGGGUCCGGCCGUCACGGCCAUCACACCACUGGCCACCACAAUGGCCACAGCCACAGUGGACCUCAUAGUCACAAUACAGCCCACAGCCAUAAUGGAACUCACAGCCAUGCCCCUAGUCACAACCACAACGGUGUCACAACCAACCACAACCACAGCUCACCUCACAGCCACAACCUGGGCCACAAUUCUCACAACCUCAGCCAGAGCCAUAACCACACCCACACAACACCCCAUGGCCCUGCCCUGGCCCCGCGUGGCAACAGCACCCUUCUGCAGCCCUACAACCACAAAGCCCCUUACCUGUACAGCCCACCAUCACACGCCCACCUCCCUGCCUCCACAACUCUCCCCCCCAACCCAGCCGGUAUGCUGGGCAUGCCCCAGGACUCCUGCCACCUGGCAACUGCCCCGCACCCACAUCCCCGCCACAACCACUUCCCCAGCCCGCUACACCAGGGCAUGACCAAUGGACCAUACCACCACAGCCAGGGGAUGGGAGGAGGUGGCGGCAGUUACCAUGGCUAUCACCAGCCUUACCCCCAUGAGAGACUGCCGGCCGACUUGGACAUCGAUAUGUUCCAUGGCAGCUUGGACUGUGACGUGGAGUCCAUUCUCCUUCAUGACAUUAUGGACUCAGGGGAGGAAGUGGACUUCAACUUUGACUGCUCCUUAGCACAGGGGGUAGGCAUCGGGAUGGGGAUGGGUAUGGGGGUAGGGAUGGGGAUGGGGAUGGGGAUGGGUGGAUUGGCUGGCCCUCAGCAGACCCACAACAACCACAGCUGGGUUCCAGGCUGA